AUGGAUAUUUCUUAUUAUUCGUACUUUAUCAAAGUAAGUUGUGCUUUUGUGAUGAUUUUUGUAUGCGCAACUUCAUCCCAAAAUACUAGAUGUCCGUUUGAGUAUUUGUACCAUUUUGGAGAUGGAGUAACUGACGUGGGCAACUCCAUUCUAGUUCUCCCAUGGGGGCCUUCACUUCCGGCUGCACGUUCGCCUUAUGGUCGAACCUUUCCCGGUUGGCCAACUGGUCGCUGGGGUGAUGGUCUUAUUGAUUUUGAUUAUGCAGCUGCUGAGUUUGGAUUUCCACAUAUAACUCCCUCUUUGUCGAGCAAUGCUAGCUCUAGCAACGGAGUCAUAUUCUCAGUAGCAAGAAGUCCAGUUCUCGACCACACGUUUUUCAAAUCCAGAGGCGUCAAAAUUCCACCGUAUGCGGUUCCUCUUAGCGUUCAACUAAGUUGGUUUAAAGCACACCUAAAAUCCGUUUGCACAUCGCCAACAGACUGUGCAAAUAGAUUGGGAAAUUCUCUAAUACUGCUGGGGGAUAUUGAAGCCAAUGACGUGGGCUACUCACUGAUUCAGGGCAAAUCAAUUAGAGAAGUACGGACUUAUGUGUCUUAUAUAACAGAAGCUCAAAUAAGUGCAACAAGACUAACGAUUAUUAGUUAUGUUAUUACAGGCCCGUUUGGAAACACAACACUGCAAGCUUGUUGUGGAAUUGGAGGAAAAUACAACUACAAUAGCAGGCGGUUUUGUGGGAGUCGCGGUGUGCCUGUUUGCUCCAAUCCAAACAAUUACAUAUUCUGGGAUGGUUUGCAUAUGACGCAAGAAGCCUCGCUUCGAAUCGUCAGGAUUCUCAUUCAGCCCGCACUUUCUACGCUAAACUGUGCAACAUAA